UUGCCUUGGUUCAAAGGUUAAUCAUAACCAACACAAUAGUAUACUUGGCUAGCCGCUCGGCUCUUGGAGAAAGAUAAACAACUCUUAUUUGCGAAAUUAACAGCACUCGACUGCUAUAGCAUUGAAGUCCGAUCAAACUGUUUGAAAAUCAUAAGUGUAGGUGUUUGCACUAUUGUCGCUGUUUUUCGAAGGCGCUAGCUAAUGUUAGCAAACUAACGUAGCCAUCACUGAACUGGCUCGCUAGCUAUAUAGUUACACACAAAACUACAGCUAUGUUUGUGCAAGAAGAGAAGAUAUUCGCUGGAAAAAUAUUAAAAAUCCACAUUUGUACUAUGGAGGGUACAGAGUGGUUGGAAGAAGUAACAGAGGAUACCACUAUUGAACAACUCAAAGAGAAGUGCUUGAAACAUUAUGUACAUGGAAGCCUCGAAGACCCCAAAACAAUCACACACCAUAAACUUGUCCAUGCUGCCACGGAGAGGAUCCUCACAGAAACUAAAACGGUUGCAGAUGAAAAUCUAAAAGAUAAAGAUUUUCUUCUACUGAUAAAGAAGAGACCACUGCCACCCCCUCCGAAAAUAGCUGACAUAACUGCAGAGGAAAAGAAGAAGCAGGAUAACAAGGCUCCAGAUAAAGAUGCCAUCCUGAAGGCCACCGCCGGCCUGUCCACCCGUCACACAGACCGCACUGUCACCCAGCAUAACAUCAGAGAUUUUCAGACGGAGCUCAGGAAAAUCCUUGUCUCUCUCAUUGAAGUGGCCCAGAAGCUUCUCGCCUUGAACCCCGAUGCUGUGGAGCUCUUCAAAAAGGCCAAUGCCAUGCUGGAUGAGGAGGAGGAGGACCGGGUGGAUGAGACGACCCUUCAGCAGCUGACUGAGAUGGGUUUCCCUGAGAGCAGAGCCAUCAAAGCUCUCAGGCUCAACCACAUGUCAGUGACCCAGGCCAUGGAGUGGCUGAUUGAGCACGUAGACGACCCCACGGUGGACACAACCCUGCCCGGCCAGGGCACCCCAGGAGCAGUAGGAGCCACAGCACCACCCCUGAUCCCCUCUAUCUCUGCCUCAUUUCCAAACCUCCUCCGCACCGUCUCCCAGACUAACACAGAUUCCGCCGCCAGGCAGGACGAACUCACUGAGAUCUUCAAGAGGAUCCGAAGGAAAAGAGAGUUCAGGCCUGAGUCACGGGCUGUCAUUGCGUUGAUGGAGAUGGGCUUUGAUGAGAAGGAGGUGGUCGAUGCCCUGAGAGUCAAUAACAACCAACAGGAUGCUGCUUGCGAGUGGCUGCUGGGGGACAGGAAGCCGUCUCCGGAGGACUUGGAUAAAGGCAUCGACAUCAACAGUUCUCUGUUCCAGGCCAUCCUGGAGAACCCUGUGGUCCAGCUGGGCCUCACCAAUCCCAAAACACUGCUGGCGUUUGAGGACAUGUUGGAGAACCCUCUGAACAGCACCCAAUGGAUGAAUGACCCUGAGACUGGGCCUGUCAUGCUGCAGAUCUCCAGAAUCUUCCAGACACUCAACCGCACGUAGAGUGUGUGUGUGAGAGUGUGUGUGUGAGAGUGUGUGUGUGAGAGUGUGUGUGUGAGAGUGUGUGUGUGAGAGUGUGUGUGUGAGAGUGUGUGUGUGAGAGUGUGUGUGUGAGAGUGUGUGUG